AUGUCAAAUCCAUACUAAUAAUCAAACCCUUAGUACGCUCAAUAAAAUCAAUAAUAAUACCCCUAACAAUAUCCCUAAUAGUAUUCUUAGUAAUAUUCCUAAUAAUAGUAACCCUAUCCUUAAUAACAAUAACAGUAAUACCCACCAUAAUAAUAAUAUUACCAAUCCCAAUAACCUAAUUACUAAUAUCAAUAAGUUUAAUAACCUGUCCAACAAUAACCUUAUUAUCAAUAGACCCAACCUCAACAUAAUGUUGUCAUAGAUGAAUAAUAAAAAAACCCUUUGGAUGAUUAUGACCUUGGAGAAUCCUUUUUAAGCAAUGUUGGAUUUGAUUAAAGAAAGAAAUUUAUUGUUAAGGUUUACAGUUUAUUAACCAUUCAAUUAUUUGUGACAUUCGUAAUGGUAGCUAUUGCAUGUUUCUCAAAAGCAUUCAGAGAUUUAUUAAUUAAUCCUUAUAGUUAUAAAGCAACACCAUUUUAUUGGAGUAUGUUUGCUGUCUCCUUUGUCACUGAAAUCGCUAUCUUUUGCUUUAAAAAAGUAGCAAGAAAAGUUCCCAAUAAUUAUAUUGCUUUAACAAUAUUUACAGUUAGCUUUUCAUUUGUGGUUGCUGGUUCAUGUGCAGUUUGUAAGGAUGCUUUUGAGAAUGGUGGAACCUUGAUUUUAAUUGCUGCUCUUAUGACAUUUGCAGUCACUGCUUCAUUAACUGUCUAUGCAUGCAGAACAAAAUCAGAUUUUACUAUGGCAGGUGGUGCUUUAUUCAUUCUGUCCUCCAUAAUGUUUAUCCUCUUCAUCUUUGCCAUUUUCUUUUUUAAUAUCAUCUUAUGGCUCUUAUUAUGUUCCUUAUCCGUAAUUCUUUACGGCUUCUACCUAAUUUAUGAUACUCAAUUGAUUAUUGGAGGAAAGUCUCAUCAAUUAAGUAUUGAUGAUUACGUGAUCGGAACUAUGUUCAUUUACAUCGAUAUCAUCAUAUUGUUCUUGAGAAUAUUACAGAUUCUGAUGAUAUUAUUUGGAAAAAAAUGAAAUAUCAAUAAAAACAUCAUAAUUAUUUCUAUUAUUAUUGUUA